GUCUUUACACUGCUUUGCUUUCCUCACAUUUAGGAAAGGAUUUCUCUGCUUAGCUGCUUCACACCCAAAAGAAACGAGGACAAUAUUACUGUUAUAAUUAUAAUAACUGCACUUUUCAUUUGGACCUGCUCGGUUAACGGAUCAUCAUGCCUCGGUCAUUUCUGGUGAAGAAUAAAAGGUGCUCGUCCUAUAAUGUUCACCGAUCUCACGUAGACCAGCCUGCGGCCCCGACCUGCACAGAAGACACAUCAGAGGUCCAGACCACGGACUCUGAAGACGGGCCUCAGUCUUCCCCUGUGGACCAGUUCUCCUUAGAAAAGGACGAGGCAGAGCUUGAACGCCCCUUACCUGCUCACCCAGAGCCAGCCAGACCCCCCGUGGCUCCCACACAGCCAUACUACCUAAAUGAGCCUCACAUUGCUGGAUUUGCUCCUUACUUUAAGCCGUCGUACGGCUGGGAGCCGGUGCCGACCUCCUACAAGCUCCGCCAGAUGAGUUUCAGCCCCACGGUGCUGCAGCACACCAGCAACCUGUACAGCAACCACAUCAGCCGCAGCCCACAGCCUCAGCAGCCUCUGGACUGCAGCACGCACUACUCCCCCACCUCAGACUCCUACCACUGUAUCGCCUGUGAAAAGGUGUUCUCAACGCCCCACGGCCUAGAGGUUCACGUCCGGAGGUCGCACAGCGGAACCAGACCCUUUGGCUGCAGCAUCUGCAGGAAAACCUUCGGCCACGCCGUCAGCCUGGAACAGCACAUGAACGUCCACUCUCAGGAGAAAAGCUUUGAGUGCAAGAUGUGUGGCAAAUCCUUCAAGCGCUCGUCCACUCUCUCCACGCACCUGCUCAUCCACUCCGACACGAGGCCUUACCCCUGCCAGUACUGCGGCAAGAGGUUCCACCAGAAGUCUGACAUGAAGAAACACACCUACAUUCACACCGGUGAAAAGCCCCACAAAUGCCAAGUGUGCGGUAAAGCGUUCAGUCAGAGCUCCAACCUGAUCACACACAGCAGGAAACACACGGGCUUCAAACCGUUUGGAUGUGACAUUUGCGCCAAGGGCUUCCAGCGGAAGGUGGAUCUCCGCCGGCACCACGAGAGCCAGCACAGCUUAAAGUGAAGAGGAAGCACCACAGCGCUGUGUUUAUGUUUACGAUACAUUUCUAUUCAAACAAUGAGCCGAAAAUAAAUGUCACCUGUAUAAUGAAGAAAGUUGAUGAAAAUGUAUAUGAGUUAAUAUAUUGGAAGUGAUGUCAAAGAUGCGUUUACAUGUGGAUGAAUGUGCUGUUUAAAUAUUUAAAUAUUUCAGAUUUAAAAUAUGCUUUUGGCUUUUGAUGAUAAAAAGUAAAAAGAACAUUAUUUUUGGUUUCCCAUAAUUUAUUUAAAGUAUGCUUGAUGCAAUGCCUUGUGUAUUAUAUUGGCUGGAGUCUGUGUGUGAGUUGUUAAAUGCUUUCAGUUGAAAUAAAGAGUGAAA